UUUUAAGAGCGCUCGCGCACAGUUCGCGCGUGUGCCAUUGUCACUGUGACAGGUGAUGCGAGCACAAGAAAUAACGCAGUCGCACUAAGACACUUUUCUUCGCUCGUCGAGGAAACGUUACAACUGUAUUAAAGGUGCUUUAUAGACAUAAAUAUAAUUUUUAUUUUAAUUUCUGGUCCUGCCUGGAGAGAAAAAGUCCACUUGACGACACGAAUGCUUUUUUUUUUCUUUCUUUUAAUCUUUAAUUCCCGUCUUUUGCCUUUUCUAAUCACGGUGUUUUGCUGUGCAUAGUGUCAGAAAAAAACCCCCACAAUGAUCCUGCUCCAUCCUUCCACUGGUACGGUUUUCACAAACGCACAAAUCUCAAUAAAUUUGAAUGCAUGUUCAUUUUCCAUGUUGAAUACAGUAGCAGUGGGAAGUUGUUCUGUGGUUUGUGUGUGUGCUUCACUGCUGUCAGUGGCUCAGGAUGGGAAAUCCUUUGGGGGGAGGGUGGAAUCGGCACGUGAAGCCACGUGCUGUGGACAGCUCCACCACAUCUUUAUGUUUUCAGUGUGUACAGUAGAGUUAAAGCCAUUUUGUGGAUAUAAUAACCAUGUUAUGCAUUCAUGACUGUUUUCAGUGUUUUCAGUGUCUUCCAAAACGUGCCGAUAACAGGAUUUUGUAGCGCAUUUGUUCAGCGGUCAGUAAUGUAGUUCCGAGUCAAUAGUCGUUACCAGGAAACCGUAUCAAGCAGCCUUCCAGAAAUGCACAUAAAGCUCAAUCCAUCUAACCUGUGUGUAACAGGCUACACUUGGAGAACAUGUAAAGAUCAAUGUGCAAAGUCAAAAUAUUCAUAGUGAAAUCUUAAACUAGUUCAGUGUCAAUAACCAGGCUUUAGCCCGAGUCCAAUCAGGUCCAGUCAGAUCAAAGAGCAAAAAAGAAGAAAACUAGAGGAGCAGACAGUGGAACAAAAACAGUACUAAAACAAGGCUUAGAACUUGCACAACCUCUAUAUUUUUGGCACAGAUUUCCAUAGAUUGAAUGAUCUCAUUGUGUUACAUAUACAGUACAAGCGAGUGAGGAACGUGAACCAGAAAUGUUUGAAAUACAUAAAUCAUAUAUUCAUGUUUAAACCUCUGUGGACUGUGACCUCUAUGGGUUGGCUGGGUGGAUCUUACACAACCUUACUCCUGAAGCUUCUGAUGCACCUCCUCUACCACCAGUCCAGGAAGCAGUUUGGUCCUGGUGUUCACAUCGAAAAACCUGUGAUAAGAGCUGGGUCUGGAUUGUCACCUGCACUGAAUCAAGACUGUUUUUUGGGCCAAUACCUCUUCCAGGCCAUAAGCUAAAAUGUUUAAAGGCCCCGUCACAAAGUCAAGCAACUUUACAAGGUAAGCCAGUCCAUCCACCUGUUCCACCUGUUUCCUGGGGGCAUGUUGGUCCAGAUGUUCACAAUAGAAAUCUUUGACGAGAGCCGGGUCUGGACUGUCUCUCACACUGACACAAGAGUGAUCUUUGGGCCAAUACCUCUUCCUGUCCACAAGGUAUACCUUUCGAAGGCUCUGUCACUUGUAGUUGAUUUACCUCCCUCCUUACAAGGUAAGCCAGUCCAUCCUCCUGGUCCACCUGUUCUUUAAAUCCAGUCUGAUUCCCUGAGCAAAAGAAGACAAAAUAUGUCAGAGUAAUGAUGCACGAAAAUUGGGUGCAAUUAUAAGAUUGUGACAACUCCUAAUGUCAAUAGAGUUGAUGGUAAGUUGUUGACAGAAGGUUCUCAAGGGUGGGUCUUGAGAGUGUGUAUACUUUGACUUAAUUGAUGACAUCACUGUCCUUGUAACAUUGGUGGAGAUAGCCCUCUGUAUUUCAGGGACACUCUUCCUUAAUCCACCUUUAGAAAGCAUCUACUAAAUUUAACCAUUUUUAUCGCAAAGCAUUAUGAACUCCUCCGUGAAGGCGGAGAUCUGCUAGAACUCAGUUGAUUGGUGGGUGUGAGAAGCAGUGGCUGAACUCACUUCCUAAAUUUGAACUUAAUCUUUAGUCCAAUCAUAUGCUCUAAAAUAACAAAUUUAAAUAACAUUAAGGUACAAUCAGACCCAAAGGACAAUACAAAGGAGUAAAACCACAGGUGCAUGUAAAAGGUCAUAUUUAGCAUUAAUGAUCAGUAGGACAGCAAUGCUGAGAGCUUACACAUGUGCAGUGUUUGGCUAGGCUUUCUAAUGAACAAACCAUCUGGAUAUAUUUAUACACUUAGGAGUCAGAAAGUGAACCAUAAAUGUUUGGCAAAGGAUUGGGUAGAACUGUGGGGACUGUGCUCAUUUGGCUAUAAAUAAAUAAAUAAUUCAGUUACACUGUAUUGCUUUUUUUUAAGGCCCCAGUCAGGAAUAUCUGGUUGUCAAAAGUAAAAAGACAGAAUUCAGUGGUGCUCAAAUCAGUAGAACUACUUUUGAUCAAGUAUAGCAUAAGUAUAUCUAGAAUUAUUUUGGUGAUCUAUUAUUGCUUGUCCUUUUCGGGGCUUCCAUUAGAA